UUCUGGAAACACAAAUAAAAACACCCCCAAAUACAUUUUACAAACAAACAUAUUGCACUCUUUUACAGUGGCGAAUUGACGACGAUCUUUAAGCUCAUCGACCACCUCAAGGCGGCGGCGCACUAACUCGCACGGGACGCCGAUUUUUCCAGGCGUUUCUAACCUUAUUCUCCUCCGGAUUAAGAUUCUGCGGACGUGAAUCAAUUAUUGCCUCGGUUUCGAUUGGGAUUCAGAUUGUUGUGUGAGCAUUGUCGCAGGAGUUGUUGAACUGGAGUAGGUUUAUUUGUCGAAAUCUGAGUAAUGGGGAGAAAGAAGCCGACGGUUCGCGACGAGGAGGGCGGCCCUGCGGCCGGAGGUGUUGGUGGGAAAUCAAAGAAGAAGGCGUUUGUGAUUGCCGACGAUGAGUACUCUGUUGGAACUGAGUUAUCAGAGGAAGCUGCUGUUCCCGAAGAGAAGGCUGUUGUCGGGGGUAACAACAAAAAGAAGGGUAAGAAAGGGGCUUCAAAGAAAACACAGUUGAAGGAUGAUGACAGUGAAAUUGGGGAUAAUGAAUUUUUGAGGGAAGAGGAAGAGCAGGAGGACGUACCAGUGGUGUUUGCAGGUAAAAAGAAGGGAAAGGGUAAAAAGAGCAGCAGUAGUGCACUUACUGGUUCUAAUUUUGGGUUAUUGGGAGAAGAUGAAGAAGAAGAAGAUGAUGAUGGAAGUAAAGAUGAUGAUGACUGGGAAGAUGAAGGAAUAAGUGAGCCCGGGGUUAUGUUUUCUGGGAAAAAGAAGCCUGGAAAGAAUAAGAAGAGUGGUGGCAAUUUCGCUUCUGCAUUUGAUUUGCUUGACGAAGUGGAAGAGAAGGAAGACAACGACGAGAGUGCCGAAGAGGAGGAUGAAGUUGCAUUUUCUGGGAAAAAGAAAUCUUCGAAGAAUAAGAAGGGUGGUGUGAACUUUUCUUCUGCAUUUGACGUACUUGAUGGAGAGGAAGAGAAUAAGGAUGGGAGUUCCAAGGAGAGCGAUGAAAUUGCAUUUUCUGGGAAAAAGAAGCCUUCAAAGAAAAAGAAGACUGGUGGCAACUUUUCUUCUGCAUUUGAUGCCCUGGAUGGGGAAGAAGAGAGCAGUGAAAGGAAUGAGAAUUCCAAGGAGGAAGAUGAAGUUGUGUUUUCUGGGAAAAAGAAGCCUUCAAAAAAUAAGAAGAGUGGUGCCAAAAUUUCUUCUGCAUUUGACUUACUUGAUGGAGAAGAAGAGAAUGAGGAUGAGAGUGCCAAAGAAGAAGACGAGGCUGAAAUAUCUUUUACUGGAAAGAAGAAGAAGAAGUUAUCAUCAAAGGGAUUGAAGAAGAGUUCUGAAUAUUCGGUGCUUGAUGAAGAAAAUGAUGAGGAUGCACCUGGUGAUGAUAAAGAGGAAGAUUUGUCCGCCAUUAAAUUUUCAGGCAAAAAGAAGCCAUCUAAAAAGAAAGUUACAAGUGUUGAUACUGCAGUGGAGGAUAUUGAGGAUGAUUUUACAUCCUCUGAUGUUGCCAAGCCUGAUCAACAUCAUGAUGAAUCUAACACUACUAAACAGAUUACUCAAGAUGUGCCCGGGAAUUCAAAGAACAAAAAGAAGAAAAAGAAGGCUGGUAAAACUGGUCAAGGGGAUGAUGACAUUGAUCAAAUUUUAGCUGAACUUGGUACUACUACACCAGCUGCUUCAAAACAAGGUCCUGCUCCAGUUGCCACUCCAGCUGUACCUCCUCAGGAAAAGCCACAGAAUCAGUCUGAGCUAGAAGAGGCUGCUGGUGAUAAGGAAGCUGAAGGAGGACCAGCUGAACCUGCAGCAUCCAAGAAGAAGAAAAAGAAGAAGGAGAAAGAGAAAGAGAAAAAAGGAGCUGUAUCAGAAGAAAAGACGGAAGAAUUAAACAAUGAGGCAAAUGCUAAAGUAGCAGCAGGUAAAAAGGUUCCAAAGCAUGUUAGGGAGAUGCAAGAGAGACUUGCCAGACUUAAGGAAGCUGAAGAGAAGAAAAAGCAAGAAGAAGAGGAGAGGUUGAGAAAAGAAGAGGAGGAAAGGCAUCGGCAGGAAGAAUUGGAAAGGUUAGCAGAAGAGAGAAAACGGCUAAAGAAAGAAAGAGAGAAGGAAAAGCUGCAGAAGAAAAAGCAGGAGGGGAAACUUCUGACUGGGAGGCAGAAGGAAGAAGCUCGUAGGUUGGAGGCCAUGAGGAAGCAAAUCUUAGCUAACGCUGGGGGAUUGCAGUUGCCUGCUGGAGAAGCUGCUCAUGCACCUGCUAAAAAACCUAUAUAUCAGAAGAAGAAGUCCAAACCGCAACCUCAAACUAAUGGAGCAGCAACUUUAGAAUCUGUUGAAAGCACAGUUUCGAAUGAAAGUUGGCCAGACACUACAUCAGAGUUGGAUGCUCUAGAAACCGAGGAACCUGAGAAAGCUGAGAGUGUUGAUGAAGUGGAGUCAUUGAGUGUGAAGGAAAAAAGUGAGGUUACUGAAGAGAAUGCUAUUGACGAUGAGGAAGAUGAUGAAGACUGGGAUGCAAAAAGUUGGGAUGAUGCUGACCUGAAAUUGCCUGGGAAAAGUGGUUUUGAUGAUGAAGAAGCUGAUUCAGGGCCUGAAACUUUGCGUAACAAGGACAUUAAAAACUCAAAGACUUCAACUAAAAAUGGUGAUGCAUCUUCUGUUUCUGCCAAGCCCAGCAGUUUGAUUGAAAAAGCUGAAUCGCGAAUUCCGCAGAAAUCUGAGAAUGUCAAAAAGAGAACCCCUGAGGCUGAAGUCUCUGACAAGGCGAAUAAAAAAGAUAUUCAAGUUAAAGAGGAAACAAGAAAACCAGAUGAUUCUUCCAACAAGGGUGACCAGAAUCUCCGUUCCCCAAUAUGUUGUAUUAUGGGCCAUGUUGAUGCCGGUAAAACAAAGUUACUGGACUGUAUAAGACGAACCAAUGUCCAAGAAGGUGAGGCUGGUGGAAUUACACAACAAAUUGGAGCAACCUAUUUCCCCGCGGAGAACAUACGUGAGAGAACAAAAGAACUAAAAGCAGAUGCUAAGCUGAAUGUCCCUGGUCUGUUGGUCAUUGAUACCCCUGGACACGAAUCUUUCACGAAUUUGCGCUCUCGAGGAUCAGGACUGUGUGACAUUGCAAUUUUAGUUGUUGAUAUUAUGCAUGGGUUGGAACCACAGACAAUUGAAUCGUUGAAUCUGUUGAAGAUGAGAAAUACCGAAUUUAUUGUUGCCAUGAACAAAGUGGAUAGACUCUAUGGCUGGAAAACAUGCCGCAAUGCACCCAUAGUGAAAGCAAUGAAGCAACAAACAAAAGAUGUCCAGCUAGAAUUUAAUACGAGGCUCACUCAGAUUAUCACACAAUUCAAGGAGCAAGGGCUUAAUACAGAGUUGUAUUACAAGAACAAAGAAAUGGGGGAGACUUUCAGCAUAGUUCCCACCAGUGCUAUUAGUGGUGAAGGAAUCCCUGAUCUGCUGCUACUGCUGGUUCAAUGGGCUCAGAAGACAAUGAUUGAAAGGCUUACGUUUAGCGAAAAAGUGCAGUGUACUGUUUUGGAGGUUAAAGUCAUUGAAGGACAUGGGACAACAAUUGAUGUGGUUUUAGUAAAUGGUGUGCUUCACGAAGGAGAUCAAAUUGUUGUGUGUGGCUUGCAGGGGCCAAUUGUUACCUCAAUCAGAGCACUACUGACACCUCAUCCAAUGAAGGAGCUUCGAGUCAAGGGUGCUUAUAUGCAUCACAAGGAAAUCAAAGCUGCUCAGGGUAUAAAGAUCACUGCGCAGGGCCUUGAGCAUGCAAUUGCAGGCACUAGUCUGCACGUUGUGAGGCCUAACGAUGAUUUAGAAGAAAUUAAAGAGACAGCUAUGGAGGACAUGAAUUCCGUCAUGAGUAGGAUUGACAAAAGUGGGGAGGGAGUUUAUGUUCAAGCAUCCACCCUUGGGUCAUUGGAAGCUUUGCUGGAGUUCUUAAAGACUCCUGAAGUUAACAUACCCGUUAGUGGUAUAAGCAUAGGCCCCGUACACAAAAAAGAUGUGAUGAAGGCUAGUGUCAUGCUUGAGAAGAGAAAGGAGUACGCUACAAUCUUGGCUUUUGAUGUCAAAGUAACCCAAGAGUCUAGGGAACUUGCCGAGGAACUUGGCGUCAAAAUUUUUAUUGCCGACAUCAUUUAUCAUCUGUUUGAUCAAUUUAAGGCCUACAUAAAAAAUCUGAAGGAUGAAAAGAAGAAAGAAGCUUCUGAUGAAGCUGUAUUUCCUUGCGUCCUCAAGAUCAUGCCUAACUGCGUGUUCAAUAAGAAGGAUCCCAUUGUUUUGGGGGUGGAUGUUCUUGAAGGCGUUGCAAAGGUCGGAACUCCCAUAUGUGUUCCUCAAAGAGAUUUCAUCGAACUUGGCCGGAUUGCUUCAAUUGAAAACAAUUACAAGCCUGUUGAUUUUGCCAAAAAAGGCCAUAAGGUUGCCAUUAAGAUAAUCGGCAGCAACCCCGACGAACAGCAGAAGAUGUUUGGCAGGCAUUUCGAGAUUGAGGAUGAGCUCGUGAGCAAAAUCAGCAGAACCUCACUCGAUGCUCUCAAAGAAUAUUUUGCGGACGAUUUAACUGCCGAAGACAAGCGACUACUAUUCAAAUUGAAACGACUCUUCAAGAUCCCUUGAGUCCUCUCGCAGGAACGGGCUUAGCAAUACGCUAAUUCUGAAAAUCCUUCCACACUGAAAUGAGCCAACACCUAAAUCUUGCACGAUCAUCAGGUAUCUUCUACUGUGGGGGAGUUUUUAUGGGACAAGAAAAUGUCCAUUCCUCCCAGAAUUUUGGUUUUGCACUUUAUAUAUAUAUAUAUAUAUAAUAUAUCGGGGAGUUUGAUUCUGUUUUCGACGGUAAAAUCGACUAGUGUUUUCGGAAGAACUGGGUAUUCUUUUAUUGAACUGCCUAACAUGAUGAAAUGGGGGUUUUUGGAGAGUUUCAUCGUUGGUUCUGAAUGCUUUUGGUUUUAAACUUUGGUGCUUGCAGCCUCCUAUUUGUAUGUGAUGGCUUAAGGACUGUAUAUCUAUAUAUAUAUAUAUAUAUAUGCAUACAUAUAUUUAUUUUUUAUGUGAUGUUUUUAUUUGGGAAAAAUAAAUAUUUGAUGUGGUAUUUUAAUUUAA